AUAUUUACGUUACGGAACUUCACUCAAACGUGUAAAAGCAGCGGAGCCAUGAACGACCAAGACGAAGAUCUCGGUGCGUUUGAUCCGAACAUCCCGGAGGAGGGGCCCACAGCGCCCCCCCCUGGCUGGCUGGAUGAUGUACAUGGAUACCAGGGCCACAAAGGAGGAGAGGGAGACAACCCGCUGUACCCGCCCCCCCCGGCCUACAACCCACAGCCAGAACUCAACAGGAACACUGUAGUGCCCGACGUCCGCGUCCCCACAGUGUCGGAGGACGUGGCCAGAGAAGCUCUGCUGAAGUUUGUAGAAUCCAAAUGGAGAUACAGCUCCAAACCUGCCAGGAACCUCACCUUCAAAGAGCUCCGACCCGUCACUGUGUACAGGUACCGACUGGAGACCUACACCGAGACCAGAACCAGCGCCUGGCAGUUUGAGUCCUACAAUGGACAGCCGGUGGAUGGUCCUCAGUUCGGGAUGAGUCCUCCGCCGUGGGACAUCCCCAUGUCUCUGCCUCAGAGAUACACGGACAGUGUGCAGAAGGUCCGCGUGCCACACUCGUCCUUCGUGAAGCCAUGUCACAAAUGCAACGGCUGUGGAAGAACUCGCUGUACUCACUGCUUUGGAAGAGGCCAGAAGCGUUGUUUUAGCUGCCACGGCUCAGGGUACAAAAGGCGGCCCGGCAAUCACAAUCGCUCCUCCGGGAGGACACGUUGUACUUCUUGUAGCGGGAGAGGCUGUAAGAGGUGCAUCAGCUGUCACGGUCAGGGCUACAAAACCUGCACCGUCUGCCACGGCAGCCAGAGCCUGCUGCACUUCAUCCAGCUCACCGUCACAUGGAAGAACGAUAUCUCUGACUUCAUUCCUGACCGUCAGCCAGAUUUCCCUGACAAGAAGUUUGAGAAGGUGACCGGAGAUCCUUUCUUCGUCGAUGAGAGCAUUCUGGUGUACCCGAUCCAGGGUUUCCCCGACCAGGAGAUCUGUGACGUUUCCACCAAACUGAUCAACGAACACCUCAAUCGCUUCAGUACCACCAGCCGCAUCCUGCAGCAGCGUCAGACCAUCGAGCUGGUGCCGCUCACUCACGCUUACUACACCUACAGCGGGAAAGACUACAGCUUCUUCGUGUACGGAGUGGAGAACAAAGUCUUCGCCGCAAAAUAUCCCACCGCCUGUUCCAUCUUAUAGGAACCAUGAAGAUGUAUUGUGAACAUGUUAACUCCUGAUGUUACGUCCAUAUUGGUAGGCAGCAGGAGGAGCUGCUGAAUGUACCAAAAAUCUGUUGACAUGAUUUAAAGCGAGUUUAAGAUCUCCUGUUGGUGUUUCUACGUUAAUCGCCUGUUCGUCCCGUUCUCUUUGUAUGAUGUCGUGCUUCAGUGUUGAUACUUUAAACGACCAACCGAAGCUGAAACACACAAGAUGCUUUACGUGGCGUUCAGGACAGGAAGCUCUUAAAGCAACAGACGCACCAGUGACACGUUUACUGCCAGUAUCUUUCCUCAGAUAAGACAAAAACCAGUUCAGGAGCAUUUUAUACUCUCUCCUGCUUAUAAUACAUUACUAGAUCAUGAAUAUUUCUUUGUAUGUUUGAGCUUCAGCUCACGUUUCUGCACACUAAACUCCAUCCAGCUGCUGGUUUCCCAGCAGUUAUUCAUUCAUCUUUUAUAAAGGACAGUUUUUAUAAGUCUGACAAUGUUUCAGAGAUUUUACCGUUUUCAUUUUUUGUAUGUAGAAGAAAAAAAACAACAUGUGAAAGGCAGGAAUGUGUUUUAUUUCUAGCCUGUCGACCAAAACUUCUUCAUG